AUGUCAACUCCUGAUACGUCCAUUUUCAAGCCUGCUCUAAUUGUUGUAGAUCUUCAAGAGGAUUUUUUACCUCCAAAUGGUUCUUUAGCUGUGGUCAAUGGUAGAGAUACAAUUCCUAUCAUCAACAGCCUCCUCAGUCUUCCAUUUCACCUUAAGAUCGCCACCAAAGAUUGGCAUCCUUCAAAUCAUACAUCUUUUGCUUCAAACCAUGCAGGUAAACAGCCAUUUGCAGAUUUUACCACGAUCAUCAACCCUUCCAACCCUUCCGAGACUUAUCAAACACGUCUCUGGCCUCCUCAUUGCAUUCAGGAUACGCUCGGCUCCGAGUUCCCAUUUGAACUGGACACAACCAAGUUUACCCAAACUAUUCUCAAGGGACAAAAUCCUGAUGUGGAAAUGUAUUCAGCAUUUUACGAUCCUUUGAAGAGUCCUCGGUGCAGUGACAGUGGAUUGGCAGCCCAUUUAAAAAAUGAGGGCAUAACCCAUGUCUACGUAGUAGGUCUAGCUGCCGAUUAUUGUGUCAAGUGCACUGCCGAGGAUUCCGCGGAGGAAGGUUUCAACACUUUCAUUCUGGAAGAGGGAACUCGGGCUGUUGAUCCUAAAUCAUGGGAGACUAUGAAGCUUGGUUUGAAAGGGGUCAAAGUUGUGAGUGUGAAUGGAGAGGAAGUCAAUCAAGUAAGAAGCUUAGGCAAUUGA